AUGCUGAGCGGGCUGUGGCUGGCGCUGGCUGCGGGUUUCCUGGCCGCGCUGCUCGCCCUGCAGUGGCUGCCGCCUCCGCCCGGAUCUCCCUCGCUCAGCCUUGCGGGGCUCUUCCACGACCUGGUCCGCUACGGGAAGACCAAGAGCGGCUGCAGGCGGCGCCCAGCCUGGCUGCAGUACUUGGAUGUGCCGAAGAGAUGGUUCUAUCACUUCUAUGUUGUGGCCGUGGUCUGGAACGGCAUCCUGCUCCUGUGGCUUAUCCAAAGCCUGUUCUUCUCAAGGCCCUUCCCAGUUUGGUUUCAGGAUUUGCUCAACGUUCUUGACGAAGGAUCCCAGGACUGGAACAGAGAUAGUUACAUCAAGGGGCAUGGUGGCGAGUCCCUCUCUGCUCUCCUUGUUUGCCUUUUUGUCUGGCUGAACAGCUGUAGGCGGCUCUGGGAGUGUCUUCACAUCAGCGUAUUCUCCACAGGAGUCAUCCACGUCGUACAGUAUUGCUUUGGACUCAUUUACUAUGUACUGGUGGGCUUAACAGUGUUAGGUCAAGUGCCACCUAGCGUCCGGGCAGGGAGAGGGGACAGGUUGACCGUCUGCUGGUACCAUGUCCUUGGAUCCCUGGUGUUUGUUUGGGCCUCAGUUCAUCAACAGAGAUGUCUUGUGAUUCUAGCAAAUCUGAGGAAAAAUAAAUCGGGAGAGGUGGUGAGCUUGGACCAUCACCUUCCUUUUGGUGACUGGUUUGAAAUGGUGUCAUGUCCACACUACUUUGACGAAGUCCUGAUAUACGUAUCGAUGGGUGUUACAUUUGGCUUUAACAACGUAACCUGGUGGCUCGUGGUGACGUACGUGCUUUUUAACCAGGCCGUGAGUGCCGUGUUGUGCCAUGAAUUCUACCUGAGCAACUUCAAGCACUAUCCAAAGCAUCGGAAAGCAUACAUACCUUUUCUCUUUUAAGCUGUUUGCCUUAAGUAACUGAUUACCAACUUUGGCAUCUCAUCUGAAAAGAAUGCCUGAAGUCUCCGGGU